AAGGGUAAAAAAAAAAGUUCCCUCCUCUCUAGACUCGUCAAGCUUGACUUUUCGCCGUCUUAGUUUCCCAAAUGUUGACUGCAGCAGUGUGUGCUCUGUUCGGCUCACCGUGGCGAGCUGUGGCUUAAAAACGGAAAGGGAACUUUAACAGAAUCGGAGUACAAGCAAGAGCUGUGAAAGUUUCUGGGGGGGAAGCAGUUUGGGGAAGUUUUACGCAUUGCGCAGGAUGCAGGCGCGCUACUCUGUCUCCAGUCCCAAUUCUUUGGGAGUUGUACCGUACAUCAGCAGCGACCAGAGCUACUACCGCGCCGGGGGUGGAUACACCGGGAUGCCUGCGCCUAUGAGCAUGUACUCCCAUGCGGCCCACGACCAGUACCCGACCAGCAUGGCCCGGGCGUACGGACCGUACACCCCUCAGCACCAGCCGAAGGACAUGGUCAAACCGCCGUACAGUUACAUCGCCCUCAUCACCAUGGCGAUCCAGAAUUCACCGGAGAAAAAGAUCACCCUGAACGGGAUUUAUCAGUUUAUAAUGGAGAGGUUCCCCUUCUACCGGGACAACAAGCAGGGUUGGCAGAACAGCAUACGGCACAAUCUGUCCCUCAACGAGUGCUUUGUCAAAGUGCCACGGGACGAUAAAAAGCCCGGUAAGGGCAGUUACUGGACCCUGGACCCAGACUCCUACAACAUGUUCGAGAACGGCAGCUUCCUGCGGCGGAGGGUCAAAAAGAAGGACGUGCAGAGGGAAAAGGAGGAUCGGGACAGGCCAAGUAAGGACCCCUGUUCUCGCACCCCGGGCCAGGAGCAGGACCCGCCCGUGCAGAGCUCCCAGCCGGUGCGAAUCCAGGAUAUAAAGACUGAGAACGGGACCUCCACCCCGCCGCAGGCCGAGUCUCCAACCCUGAACGCCGUACCCAAGAUCGAGAGUCCUGACAGCAGCAGCAGCUUGUCAGCGGGAAGUCCGCACAGCGUGCCGUCCACCCGCUCCCUUAGCAUGGACGGACCCGAGCAUCAGCACCACGGCCAGGCCCCGGUGCAGGGCUUCAGCGUGGAUAAUAUAAUGACCUCCCUGCGGGGGUCUCCGCAGGCCGAGCUCUCCCCGCCUCUCAUCGCCUCCUCUCGGACAGGUAUCACCCCUUCACUGUCACUCACCUAUUCCCCCAACCAGACAUCCGGUUACAGCUCGACGACCUGCAACCAGAACGUCAUCUCCACGAACUCCAACGCGACCUAUCACUGCAACAUGCAAGCCAUGAGUCUGUACGCGGGGGACAGGUCAUCCGGCGGCCACCUGGCACCGUCCACCACGGUAGAGGAGGCUCUGCCCGACUAUUGCAUCACAACGACCACCGCGUCCCCGCUCGGGCAUGGCAACCUGAGCCAGGCGGGCCAGGAAGGCCACCACGCGCACCAGGGUCGGCUCGCGUCCUGGUACGGGGACCUGAGUCACUUGAGCCCGGGUUACCAGCAGCAGCAGAACUUCCACUCUGUGCGGGAGAUGUUCGAGUCCCAGCGAAUCGGGCUGAACGGCUCCCCGGUCAACGGGAAUAAUAGCUGUCAGAUGGCCUUCCCGUCCGGCCAGUCCAUCUACCGCACCUCAGGAGCUUUUGUUUAUGACUGCAGCAAGUUCUGAAAGCCAAACGUGUCUUUUAAAUUAACAACUCUAACAUAUAUUUUCUAUACUUUUUGUACUUUUGGUCUCUUACACUCCGAAUGGACAGAUUGUUGUCGAGGCGUGUGUAACACCAAAACACGAAAAUGGAGUGGUUGGAUGUCCAGGACCAAACACGUACACGUUUUUCCAGAGUUCUUAUUGCUGCCUUUAAUUGUCCCAUUUCUUGUGUAGAGCUAGAGGGGACCUUAUAGCCUAUACUGACUUAUUUUAUUCAUCUUGUUUUAUUUGUUAAAACUAUUUUGAAGGCAUUACAUUUUGUUUGUUUAAUAAAGUGUCAUCUGUUUGAUUUUAAUUGGAGUGAUUUAUUAGCACUGGUAAUGCUAAAUAAAUUGAUAAGUAGAUACCGAAGAAAA